GUGGUCGUUGUACAUUCGCUUAGCCGGCUCGUUGUGCAACUAGCGUGUCUACUAUAGUCUGUUGUGUAAGUCGUUUUUACUCACGUAUUUUGUCUCUAGCCAAUUCAAUACAUUCUGUGGAAAUGGCCAAGAUUGAACUAAAGCCAGUUGGAACGAACUUGUUGAAGAGUGUUUCUGGAGAGAGUGUGGAGCUCCAGUCUUUAUGGAGUGACAAGCCUGUGGUGCUGUUCUUCCUGCGCAGGUUUGGCUGCCAGGUGUGCCGCUGGACAGCUGCAGAGAUCAGUAAACUGGAACCAGACCUGACAGCCCACGGCAUCGCCCUGGUGGGCAUUGGACCUGAGGAGACAGGCCUGGAGGAGUUUAAGGAGGGGGGAUUCUUCAAAGGAGACCUUUACAUUGACGAGAAAAAGCAAUGCUACAAGGAUCUGGGCUUCAAAAGGUACACGGCUCUGAGUGUGGUUCCUGCAGCACUGGGGAAGAAAGUACGAGAGGUUACGACAAAGGCCAAAGCUCAAGGGAUCCAGGGGAACUUCACUGGGGACCUCCUACAGAGUGGAGGCAUGCUCAUCGUGGCCAAAGGUGGAGAAAAAGUACUGCUACACUUUGUCCAGGAUUCACCCGGAGACUAUGUACCAUUGGAGGACAUUUCCAAGGCUCUUGACAUCUCAGCCAAUGUACAAGCAGGGGAGAGACCACAGUGCAACGAUGAUGUUUGUACCAGAUGAAGCCUGAACACACCCUGGACUGGUGACAACUCAAGUGCACUUUGGGGAGGAGAGCUGAACCCCGACCACCAAUCAAGCGGGGGCAAAUCUGGACUGUGAAGCAGGAUGAUUAUAACCUUUUGAAUCUGCGUCAAUGUUUAUUAUAAUGGAUACCCCAACUCGGUACAACCAAAUCCAUUUUGAUUCUCGAUUAUAGUAGAGUACUAGAUGUUUUCCAGUUUGUAAAUCCUUAUUUAUAAAUGAUUGUGGAUAAUGUUAUUAAAUAGUACCAAGUUGCUUGUUUACUGGUGAGUGGCCAGUCACUCCACUCUGACUUACGCACGCCUCGCUAGACAUUCCCAUAAAUUAUCCUGAUACUUUUUCCUUAAUCAGAUACAUAACAUUUAACAUUGAAGAUUUUAUUGUAUAGUAAUUUCUCAAUGGUCUGUGACAUUCUACGACGUACUGUGUUUGAAAUACUUUUUUGUAUGUAUGUGUCGUGCCCAAUUAAAAUGAAAACUUGCUGUUUCGUG